GCUGUGAAACGAGUUUGCUUCUGUCCCUUGUACCGAGAGAACAGACUGGACAAGUAAGAGAGAUCUUGUUAGGGAUGAAGAAGCUGGCCAGAACAUUCAGAAAGUCUGAGGACGAUGACCUCUCUCUUCCUACUCGGGACGACCCGGCUCCCAUGGACUCCCAAGAACAAGAGGAAUUGGUUCGAUCCUUCGAAAGGAACCAAGCUCAACAAAGUCGUUUCUGGAGGGUUUUUUUUGCAUCACUUCUCUUCUGCUUCGCUGCGUUUCUUAUGUACUCAAUCUUUCAGCAGGUUUCGUAUCCAUGGGAACUGCGUUAUCAUGCUUACUUCAUGGAGGAGGUGCACUCAUGGAUAAUUAUAUCUGCAGAUUGGCUAGCUGUCGUAGCAUGUUCAUCAGCAAUAAUAGGAUUAGUUCAUGAUUCAAAGUAUCACCGGCGAUGGAUUUGGUACUCAUUCCUUACUGGCAUCGUACUCGCAGUUUUCUGGCUGUAUUACAUGUUGAGUUCCCGCUGUUCUGAAGAGUACUGUAUAUUUGGGGCACCUACUUGUUCUAAACAAUACUUUUGUAGAUUGCCAAGAUUCCGCUGGGAUGUAAUCUGGCUGCCGUUUGGACCUAUAAGUGGAGCUGGACUCUGUCUAUAUGUGGAUCAUCUGCUAAUGGAGUCAUCAGAAGAGAUAAGAAAACUUCGAGGCUAUAUGUAUUCUUACAAAGCCAGAUGAACGUCGUUAUGGUUAUCUUUGACAUUCAUACGGGGUAGAUAGCACAUAGACAUGUAGUAGACUUUGAUUUUGGAUCUGGUGCAGGAAAUAGAAGCAAAGAUGGACGUGCUAUCACUACGGAGGGAAAUGUUCACCCUUCCAUUGAACCUCUGUAGUUGCUCUGCACUCGGCAUGUAGUAUGUAACAGAUAGCAAAUCUCAAUUUAAAUGUUUUCUCUGCUCAUGAUUAUAAUUUUCCUCGAGGACACUUGUCCUUAUUAUUACCAAUCUGUCACCAUAUACUUUCAGUUCUAUGAAACAAUUACUUCGUCUGUA